CAUAUUUUUAUCUUCCUUUUUGUGAAAAAAAAAAAAAAUGAACAUACUCUUCUGUCACUCUUUAAACACCUUCGGUGAUAAACAGUCAAAACUGGAAGCACAAACAUUUUUUACACCAUCCGUACCAUUUCGCGAAGAGUUGGAAGCACAGGCAUACAAAAAAAGCCCCCUUCGAGGAUACACGCAUUUAUAUGAUUUUACAUAUCUCCUGAAAACCCUACACAUAUAAGUUCUGUAUGGUUGGCAUAUAGCUGUUACGUGAAAUUUUAUUUCCUCAUCGAAGUGUUGUUAUCUUGUUUUCCCUGCAUUUCGCUUAGUUGCGUUGAUUUAUCGCUGUGCUCCGCUCCUCUCUGCUCCCCACCCCCUCUUACGCGCAUUACAUCAACACGUAAACAAGCCAAACUCAUCAAAAUGAAUAAAUUUUUUUUCAACACGCUAAAUUCGUCGCUGUUUCAAAACUUCAAAUUUAAAAGCUCCUUUUUGAGUUCGGGAUAUUUUGCGGCCAACCGAAGUAUCUCGACCAGAAUUGGCGGCACCUCCUUUUGCAGCGAACUGAACAAAGCCAACUGCUUCGUGAAGUACUACCACACGUCUCCGUUCAUCAGCAAGACGGUUAACACUACCAACUGCAAUGCGCUCCUGCAGAGUGACGAACGAAGCUGCGUCAACCAGAAACUAGGUGUGAGACAUGACAGUGGAAUCGCCAGCCUGUCCGCAGCCAUUGCGCUGAUGUCCGUGGGAGGGGUUGCGCAAGGUAUCGGAAAUUUAUUCUCAGCCCUGGUGUUAGGAACGAGUAGGAACCCUUCAAUAAAGGACGAGUUGUUCACGUACACGCUGAUCGGGAUGGGAUUCUUGGAAUUUCUGGGUAUCAUUUGUGUCCUGAUGAGUGCUGUUCUGCUGUACUCGUGA